CGGCUCGGCCACAGGUAACCUGCGGGAGCGGGGAGCGCAGACCGGCGAGCGGCGGCAGGAGGCGGCGGCGCUGGGCGGCGCCGAGGCCCAGGGCCCGCCGGAGCCAGCGGGAGCCCGUGCCCAUCGUCUCCCCUCGCCCCCCACGCUGUCGCCGGCGUCGGUCCCAGCGGCGCGGAGAGAAAGGUCCCAAAGAUGGCAUAGUGAUGAAGGCCCCUUCCAAUGACCGGAACGUCUUUACCCGAGGGUGCCUGCCUGGGCCCGUGGCAUCGCGUUGAGCCAAAGGAACUUGUCUACCACGUCCCGGAAAACGUCUUUCUCUCCUAAUUCAUGAGCCAGCAGGAUGCGGUCGCCGCGCUUUCAGAACGCCUGCUCAUAGCUGCAUACAAAGGCCAGGCGGAGAAUGUGGUUCAGCUCAUCAACAAGGGUGCCAAGGUAGCGGUUACCAAGCAUGGCCGGACCCCCUUGCAUCUUGCUGCCAAUAAGGGCCAUCUUUCUGUGGUCCAGAUCUUGCUGAAGGCUGGCUGCGACCUCGAUGUCCAGGACGAUGGGGAUCAGACCGCCUUGCACCGGGCCACGGUGGUGGGGAACACCGAGGUCAUCGCGGCGCUCAUCCAGGAGGGCUGUGCUCUGGACCGACAGGACAAGGACGGGAACACGGCCCUGCAUGAAGCGUCCUGGCACGGUUUCAGCCAGUCUGCCAAGCUGCUCGUUAAAGCGGGAGCCAACGUGCUUGCCAAGAACAAGGCGGGGAACACGGCUCUGCACCUGGCCUGCCAGAAUAGCCACGCCCAGAGCACACGCGUCCUCCUGCUGGGCGGCUCCCGCGCCGACCUCAAAAAUAACGCAGGCGACACCUGUUUGCACGUUGCUGCGCGCUAUAAUCACCUGUCCAUCAUUAAGCUCCUCCUCAGUGCUUUCUGUUCUGUCCAUGAAAAGAACCAGGCUGGAGACACAGCACUUCAUAUUGCUGCUGCCCUAAAUCACAAGAAGGUGGUUAAAAUCCUACUGGAAGCCGGAGCAGAUGGGACCAUUGUCAAUAACGCAGGCCGGACUCCACUGGAGACUGCCCGCUACCACAAUAAUCCGGAAGUUGCUCUCCUCCUCACUAAAGCGCCCCAGGUCUUGCGCUUCAGUCGUGGGCGAAGCCUGAGGAAAAAGAGAGAGAGGCUCAAGGAAGAGAGGAGAGCUCAGUCUGUGCCGAGAGAUGAUGUGGCACAAAGCAAGGGAAGUGUCUCAGCAGGAGACACCCAUAGCAGUGAACAGGCUGUACCCAGAAAAGAAGAGUCCAGAGAAGAUUUCCUGUCUGCCUCCCCGGAGCCCAGAGCAAAGGACAACAGGCAGAAAAAGUCAAGGCCCAAGGCGUCAGCGUUUUCUGACCCCACCCCACCAGCAGACCAGCAGCCUGGACAGCAGAAGAGCUCGCACACUCACAGUCACCCUAAAAAGAGGCCCAGGCAUCGCUGUUCACCCCCAGGUGCCCCCCACGAGUUCAGAGCGUACCAGCUCUACACGCUGUACCGGGGCAAGGACGGCAAAGUGAUGCAGGCCCCAAUAAAUGGCUGUCGAUGUGAACCCCUGAUCAACAAGCUGGAGAAUCAGUUGGAGGCAACUGUGGAGGAGAUCAAAGCAGAGCUGGUGUCGGUUCAGGAUAAGAUGAACACGAAGCUGGGGCACAUGGAGAAUAAGACCCAGCACCAAAUGCGGGUUCUGGACAAGCUGAUGGUUGAGCGACUCUCAGCAGAGAGGACGGAGUGCCUGAACCGCCUGCAGCAGCACUCGGACUCAGAGAAGCACGAGGGAGAGAAACGGCAGAUGUCCUUGGUGGAUGAAUUAAAAACUUGGUGCAUGUUAAAGAUUCAGAAUCUGGAGCUGAAGCUUUCUGGAGAUUCUAGGGCCUCCAGGACUAAAUCCACACCAUCCACUUGCGAGUCCUCCACAGGUGUGGAUCAGUCAGUGGUGACCGCAGGUCCAGUAGCAGCCUCUGACAGCCCCCCUCAGGUGGUCAGGCCCAAGGAAAAGGCCCUCAGCUCCACAGCCGCCCACAGACUCCAGCAGGAGCUGUCUUCCUUGGACUGUGCAGGCUCCCGACUGAGGAGUGUCAAGGUCCAGACAGCCUCGUUACCCUUGAAAGAGGCAGCCAAGUGCGAGCCGCAGGCUGGGCCCUGUGUUGACAGAGGCACCCAAACCAAGAAGUCUGGGAAAAGUGGGCAGACGAGGCACCGCGGCCAGCAGCCAGCACCCAGCACCACCUGCGGGCAGCCGCCACCAGCAGCAGGUGGCGAGCAGACUGCCCCUCAUACUCGGGACACCUCCCAAGCGCUGGAGCUCACCCAGUAUUUCUUUGAGGCUGUUUCCACCCAGAUGGAAAAGUGGUAUGAAAGGAAGAUUGAAGAAGCACGAAGCCAAGCCAGUCAGAAAGCCCAGCAAGACAAGGCCACGCUGGAGGAACACAUUAAAAGUUUAGAGGAGGAACUUGCUAAACUAAGGACUAAGUUCUAGAUUCCCAGUGGUGAUCUUUUUGGAAAGUCCUCUUGAGUAUCAGAUGCAACACAUCUGAAGAACAUACCUCAACAACCCUGAGGGUUAAUGCAGAAGGACUUUCCAAGGAAGCUCCAUGGUGUCUCCUGAGGUCAGUACGCCUCCAGCCCUAUACCUCACACUGUUUUAAAACAGCUUAAUUGACUUACACAAUAUUAUAUAUCAAUUAUAUUUCAAAAAAAUUGGGGAAAAAUGGCUUUAUUCAGAUAUAAUUCACAUACCUGUAAAAUGUACAGUUCAGCAGAUUUUAGUAUAUUCAGAGUUGUGCAUUCAUAUAAAUAGAAUCAUACCAUACAUGAUCUUUUGUGACUGGCCACUUAAUGUUUUCAAGGUUCAUCCAGGUGUAGCAUGUAUCAGUACUCCAUCCCUUUCUGUUUGCUAAAUAAUACUUUAUUGUAUGGGUAUUCCACGUUUUACUUAUCCAUUAAUCAGCUGAUGGGCAUUUGGAUGGUCUACUUUUUGGCUAUUAUGAAUAAUGCUGUUUAACCUUUUGGGCAACUGACAGUCUUUUUUCCAAAGUGGCUGCACAAUUUUAUAGUCCCACCAGCAGUGUUUAAGGGUUCCAGUUUCUCCGCAUCCUCAUCCUCGCCAACAUUUGCAAUUAUCUUCCUUUUUAAUUAUAGCCAUUCUAGUGGAUGUAAAUAGUAUCUCUUGGUGGUUUUGAUUUGCAUUUUCCUAAUGAUUAAUGGUGUUGAACAUCUUUUUAUGUGCUAUCGUACUGGUUUUUGCUUCUUCCAAAAACUGCUGACAUAUCCAAGAACAUUUUCAAAAUAAAAGGUAUGUUUUCAGUGCUAAGACAAUUGCUCUUAUGCCCUUUUCUUGGCUCUCUCUGAUAUGCCAUGCUCCAUGUUCUGAUAUUUUGCUCAAGGGCUCUAUGUACAGAUAGUUUCACUUGGCUUUGGGCUACCCACUGUUGAGCCUAAGCUCAACUAAACACAUGGAGACUUUGAAAACCUUUCAGAAUAAUGCUGUAGUUAAGAUCUGGCUAAAGCAAGUGUUUUUUCUAACUCUUUGAGCUGCAUAUUGCCUUGAGUAAUCAUCAUCCGGAUUGUAUCCUGUAGAAGAAAGUGAAAUCUGGUCACUGUUUUCACUGGUUAAACAAGUCCUUCAGGUAUUUGCGAUCAGAAUCAUUUGGAACUUGCCGAAUUGCCUGCAAAAUCCUUCUGUAGAGGAGGAGAACUUGUUGCCUUCUCACGAACUGUACAGGGGAGGAGAAAUGGCAAUUACAGCUGCACAAUCGUCAGCCCGCUUGCUAUCCAGGCCUCAAUGUGACCUGCAGAGACAGUACUUCCCCGGGAACAGACCACCCCGUGGACAUCUUUCAUGUAGUGACUGAUGCCUCCUCCUUUGAGGAGGGCACUGCUGAGAUCCAAGUACUUGGAAAGGUUGGUCUAUGUUUCCAACGGACAGGGCCCAUCAUCGAGGCUGCGAUACCUGCAGCGACGCUGUGCAGAGGGAGAUGACCCACCAGAGUACUAGUUAGCACAAAGUGGUUAAGAGGACAGACUGAGUCAGUCUGAAUACUGGCUUCCUUGUCAUUACCUACAACCUCUGUGCUUCUGUCCUUCACUGUAGAGUGGGAAUAACCAUCCCUACAUCACUGAGUUACUGCUCGGUUAUAUGAGAAAAUAAUUAUAAAAUGCCUAGAACGGUGCCCUUCAGGAUGCCAUGAAUGUUAUAGGAGUUCUCGGUAUGACUGUGAGACCCAGGCCAUUCUUCAGAUAGAACAACUUGAAGGGAAUCCCCAGAAAAGUGGCUUUUAGUAAGUAAUCACUCACCCGUGAACUGGGAUUGUCCAACACAACAAAAAUGACAAAGAUGUUAGCAUUCCGGGCGGCCUGAACUGCUGCUAGGACUCUGUCUUUGCCCUCAAAGAAAAGGCCGCGUCCAUCAGAGACCACCAGGAGGAGCUGUGCAGUUUCUGUAGUAGAACAUAACAGCAGAGGAACAACUCAACUCAAACGACAACUCAAACUACAUACAGGGACUUCCCUGGUGGCGCAGGGGUUAAGAAUCCGCCUGCCAAUGCAGGGGACACAGGUUCGAGCCCUGGUCCAGGAAGAUCUGCCGCAGAGCAACUAAGCCCGUGUGCCACAACUACUGAGCCUGCGCUCUAGAGCCUGCACGCCUAGAGCCCAUGCUCUGCAACAAGAGAAGCCAUUGCAAUGAGAAACCUGCGCACCACAAGGAAGAGUAGCCCCUGCUCGCCGCAACUACAGAAAGCCUGCGCGCAGCAAUGAAGACCAACGCAGCCAAAAAUAAGUAAACUGCGGACCGUAAGACAAAUUAGUGCAGGCUUUCUCUGUGCUAUCAAAACCAAGCAGUUCUCUGAAACUGGUGAAUUCUGGGCACAAAUAAAGGCGGCCUCCAAUUAGAUCUAUUACUUUGAACGUGUGAGUCACAGACAAGGCUGCACAAAGACAUACAAAACUUCUGUCAAUAAAACAAUUUCCCAGUAGUGCCUUGGGGAAUGUCACAUUUAGAUCAACUUCAUUGUACAGCAACAUGUGAGAAUUAAAACAUAUGUUUAUGGAUAUGAAGUAUAAAAAGAGCAGUCCUGAGUAGACCAUUAGAAGAAAGUGCCCAGAUCAGAAACCUAGAACUGUACCUUCCAACUUUCAGUCAUUGUCUAUUAGCUUCAGAUUUCUGUCAAUUUCUUGUACCUAAAUUGUUUUUUUCUUGAAAAAAAACUUAAAUAGAAAUUUAAACAAAAACUUAAAUAGAAGGGACCACUAACAUGACCAGUGAAUAAAAAUGUAUUAAAAUUUUUAGCAUAUUAUAUUUUUAGCAUAUUUUCCAGUGAAAGACUGUUGUGCUUAAAGGCAGGCUGUCUUCUGUCAGGGAAGGUUAGCAAGUGUUGAGAGGCGUGAAUGACCUGCUUCAAAGGGAAGUUUUCCCAUGGUACAAUCAGAAUUGAGGAUUCAGGGGAAGGCUAAAGAACUGGUGUGCUGCAAAAGCUCCAAAUCAAUCAUGGAUGGAUUAGCUGGAUUCUGAAUUAUGUCCUUCUCCAUUUUCCUUUGUUAUUAAAAUAUUGAAGAAUACUCUUUACAUUUAAUUCCACACACCCUUACUCCUUUCAUUCACAAUUGAACUCAAAUCUAUCAAAUAUAUACUAGUUAAUUACAAACUAGUUGGUGUCUACCUUCUCCUUUGAUUAUAAGCCUCUUGAGUAUGGGUUCAAUAAAAAUUUCUGAAUGAAUGAACAGGUGAGUAAAAAAUUCCAUGAAUGUUUAAUACCUCUGCAUCAUCCCCUGUUUAUGUGUUUUCCUAUAGAGCUUACACUUUAAAAGAUGGUGAUAGGUACACUGAGAUGAAAAGCAACUUGCAAACAGUACGAGAAAAGAAAAGUGUGUUAUUAGCAAAGACCAAAGAACGCAGCUCACCUGGACUGAUGUUUUGUGAGAGCUGCUGAGCGGCUGCAAACAUGUUGGCUGCAGACUCUAGAAACUAAACCAGAAAUAGACAAUUAGAAAACUAAGCUCUCUUCCCACUAUCACAGAGACUGAAAUUACUGCUGGCACUUAAGUGAUUAUCAGAUAACCAUCUCAAAUCUAUAGCAAGCAAACUGUCCCUUCCAUCCAUCCGUAAAGGACUGACAAUCCUUGCACUUGGCAUUUACGUUGGGUGCUGGCAUUCUCAAGCACAGACAAGACCUGUGUCCCUGGCAUAUACCCCACUAGUGUUCUACGAGAAACCCCAAAGGAAAAGAAACACUUCCUCUGGGGAACAAGAAGUCAGUAACCCCCAAAUGAACCAAAGAGCUGUCUUCUUUCAAGAAAGGAAAACAGCUGAGCAAAAAAAAGAAGGCAAGAAAACAUAAAAUAUCCAGUGUAACGUGAAGGAGGCUAAAUUAUGGCAGGAACCAGGAGGACAGAAUUGUUACCCCAUAUGCUGUGUUUAGAACGUACGCCAUCCCGAGCAAGCACUGGCUUUAUUUCACAUCAUCUUCUCUAGGCUAAAUGGUAGAGAGAAAUUGGCCUUGACCCACUUGAUAAGGGUACUGGGAGGUGGUUCAUUUUUCCAAAAUGUUCCAAACCUCUCAAAAUAGGGAGCCAGAAAAUCAAUGAUGCAAAGUCAAAUGAUCUUUGAAAAACUGAGAAAGAGAGAUCACAUGCUAUUUAAUAAUGGAUGCCAAGGGAGAUUCUCCUCCAGUGGUACACCGGCUGAGACUCAGGACUAUUCUCUUUUGUAAAUUUUACCAUACUGGGGAGGAGGGAGUUCUAAAAAUUAUGUCUCUCCUAUACCAUAAAAUAACUGCAGAAGACAUCUGAAGUCAUCAGCAUACCUGAGCAAUCUUGGUUUUCUUUUGUUGGAAUUUGCAGAGCCGCAGAAUCUGGGACCCUGAGUAAUCACUGAACUGUUCGUGGAAUGGGUGUAACAGCUUUACGGACUCUCCAAAACUUGGGGGAGAAAACCCAAAUACAAUGGGAGUUAUUUUUUGUCAUGCAGAAAAAGGCUGGUUUUCCCAAUGGGAUUAAAAGGCACUCUUACCUGCACACCGCAAUCUGACCCACUUCCAGAAAGGUUAGAGCAUUUCCAAUCACAGCCAGAGAUUCAAAGGCAAGCUGUGAAACAGAAAGUGAAGGGUUGAAGAAAUCGGAAUAUCCUCUACACCAAUGCCUUUCAACCUUUUUUAUACCAAGAUUCCCACAGAAAACACUCCUUUUUUGUUAUGGCACACAGGGGAACAACAUCAAUAUGGCUAUUCACAACCAACUCAGAGGCUUUGGUGGCUUAGGCCCUGGCUAACAGCACAAGCGCUGAAACCCAAUAUCCUUUAUACUAGUAGGAAAGGUCUGCUCUAGACAUCAUUCAGUAAAAGCGAUCUUGAGAAAUUUGGUCCAUAAAUUUUUAAGGUUUCUUCCCCCUUUAUUCACUAUAAAGUAAUCUCUCACGGGUAAAAGAUUUUUAAAACCAAUUUAUUCUAAACUAUGCAUAAAUGACAGUAUAGUUUCAGAAUUUAAAUUCAGUUAAAAAGAUGACGACACUUGUAGCAACUAACAUCUGUUGAACAUGCAUCAAGUGCCAGGCACUAAACUGAGUGCUCUGCAUACAUGACUUCACUUAGUCUCAUAACAGCUCUGAGCUUGAGUAAGUAUUGUUAUAAUCAUUUUUUCAGAAGGUAAAACUCACAAAAUGAACUGCCCAAAGUCAUGCGGUGCUAAGUGGGGAGUUGAGACCUGAACACAGGUGCAGAGGUUACACUUUUUCCAGCAGAGCUUGUGCACAGCCUUCAGGCUGCUCGCUGACUUGUGCUGGGCAACAGCAUCACUGCGAAGACCCCCCCACUCUCCACAUCCCUGACAGCGGGGGGAGUGGGGGGGUCAUAACUCCACCCAGGCUCCUAAGCCUUGUUACUACUGAUAGAACACUAACUCUACACAGACGUAAAGAAACGUGUACUGAAGACAUCUUAAAAAAUCAGGGAUAUUCAGGGCUUCCCUGGUGGCGCAGUGGUUGAGAGUCCACCUGCCGAUGCAGGGAACACGGGUUCCUGCCCCGGUCCGGGAAGAUCCCACAUGCCGCGGAGCAGCUGGGCCCGUGAGCCACGGCCGCUGAG